AUGGACCCGUAUAGCUUUUGGUCUGAGCAAUUGACCAAAACCUCUACAAGUGUUCCACAUCCUAACGAAACUGAAGCCAGUGGCUUAGAUUUAUCGAAAAAUGUUGUACCAUUUCGUAUUCUGAUUAAAUCUCUCGAACUAUUACCAUCAGCAGUUUCACCGUCAUUACUCGCACCAUAUGAAGUACAGUUCCAUGCAACACUAUAUGAUGGAUUAUACAAACGUUUUUACGGACAAACGUGGCUUAGUCAAUGGCACAAAGGAAAACUCAUAGAUAAUUUCUUUCGUGUUAAUUUCCAUGAACCGUUAUAUUUUCAUAUACCAAUAUCCGAUGAACAAAAUUGUUUGGUUCUGGAAUUUGUAUUUCGUUCGGGCGAAGAAGGAACAGAUCGACAAGAACGUACUGUUGGAUGGACAACAAUUCCUACACGUACGCCAGUUGACGAUGACUUAAGACCAAUUAGCAUAAAAUGGAGUUUAUACCAUGGAUCUCCGCGAGCUCUCAUGUUUAUGAAUGAACCUGUAGAAAGUAACCAGAGAGUGUUAGCAGUCAGUUCAGCUACAUUAUUUGUAGAAAUCAGACAUCAUCAAGCGCUAUUUUCUGUCAUUCAAUAUUUACCGGAAUGUACGAUAUUCGGAAAAGGAAAUACGAUUGGUGGUAUUGAAUUUACAAACGAAGGAUUUAAUGACGCAUUGAAACAACCUCAAAUUCAUUCAAAGCGGAGAAAUAUUAUCAUUGAACAUGUUGAAAUUGAUAUUGAGCCAUCUGUCAAUCGUUUUGAAGAUGAAUUAUGUUUAUUAUUGAAUAAAGAUCGGAUUUAUAAACAAGAUUCGUCACCGCAAGAAACUCGAAAAAUCUCUAUAGUUGAACGUCGUCUGCGAGUCGGUGUUCAUAAUGGAAAGUGUUACGUUCAUGAUCCAUUGAUAUUUUAUCUAACGAUUGAUCAGGAAGACAGUGCUUUGGCAUUAUCGAGAAAACUUAGUUUCAAACAAUCACAACGUCGUCGAACAGUCCAAGGUCAAGAUAUUUCUCAAAAAAUCUAUUUAAGAAAUCCCAUUCGACUCGAUGAUGUUGCACUUGAUUCACAAAAUGCAAUUGUUUUUGUGUUAGAAUAUAUGGUGUCAAUUCCGUUGGACAAGCAAAAAGGAAAAGAGAAUGAACCAAAUGAAGAUACCAAAACAACAUUUACUAUUCGUUGGGCUGUGUGGUUUCCGGGUAAAGAUAAACAAGUAUCAUUAAAUUUUAAUGGUGGACAAGUUCUACUGACUGAUGAAUUAUUUGUUUAUAAACCCUCGAAAACCAUAUUAAAUUCACCUGACAUUAUUCGUGAAACAUUAAAAUUUGAUUAUCGUUUUGAUGAUGAGCAACCAAUGAGAUACCCAACAGUAACGUCAAAUCAAGAGUUAAAAUCGGUAAAACGAGACGUUUCAGGAAGACUAGCUAUAUCAUUUGAAGAUGACCAGCGAUCACAACUUGACACAACACAGAGAAGUAUUGUACCAGCAAGAACAAUUCCAUCUGCAUUCCAACCACCUGUUUAUCAUCCAAGUAAUCUAAUUCCAUGGAAUGUUGGUAAUUCUUAUCCAUCAUUUUCUCCCAUGUUAGCAUUGGCCGGUCAAAUGAACUUUGCACAUUCUUUGUCAAGAGCAACUUAUGCAAAAUUACAAGGAGAAAAAUUUCCAAUGAUUACCUAUAUUAAUGGUAAACCAGCUGAAACAAUUGAUAUACGUCAGCCAAAAUUUAUGAACAUUCAAACAGAAACAAGUGAUCCAAUGAAUUGUAAUGAAAUUCAUUUACAUUUUCUUGCUUAUCAACGGACAUCAUCAAAACAAUCUCGACGAAAUUUUCCACAUAAUUUAUUUUUUACAUUCAAAUUUUAUCGUUUUCCUGAAAUAAUAACCAGCAGAGUUGCACUUGAACAUAUGCACGAUGAUAUACCGAAUGAUCCUAACAUUCAAUCAUAUAUUUUAUGGAGAUUAAAGGAAGAUAACUCAAAAACAAAAGAAUCACCUGGUCUACCAGUUAAAUUUUUAAUUGAUGGUGGUUUUCUUGGUUCAGAUGAACAUCGAAAUUUCUUUGAGUAUAUGAAUAGUCAUGUUUUGUACAUUGACGUCUGGGAUGGCGAUGGAAUAUUUUGUCUUGGCAUUUGUGCACUCGAAUUAAAGCAUUUACUUCGUGAUGGACGUGAGGCAAUUCAAUCGUUGAUUGAAUUGGAUAUUUAUUCGUCAGUACCAGUUGAAAGUACACAACCUCCGGAACAAGCUUAUCAUCAAUACUCUGGCGAAAAUCAAUUUUCUCUAAUUGGUGAAAAAUUACAGACGGUGGGAAAAUUAAUAAUGAAAAUUGGAAAUGUUGGCCAAGUAUCUGAACAACCAUCAAUUGAUUCUUUGAAAGUUCCAUCAUUUGAUAUUAUUCAACGACGAUUAGGAGAAAUAUCAUCAACAGGAUUCAAACAACAUAAUUUAACUCGUGCGCAUCGUCUCGUUGAAAGUUAUCCGAAUCUUAAUUCUGUUUUACAUACUCAGGAUAAGCAAGCAAUAGAAACAGAACGUCUUAGAAAAUUAUCUCGAAUGGAAGCUGUAAGAAAAAAAGUAAUAGAAGGUGAUGAAACAACAUUAACACCAUUAACAACGAAUAAAAAAUUACGUGAAUUACGAGAAACUGAUUUGCGAACAAUAUCUUUAUACCGUCAUCAAACAAAACAUGCUGACAUCGCUCAUCAUUUAUCAAAUUUUAUAACAAAAGAACUUCAUAUAUCAUUGAUGCCGGGUUCUGCCGAAUUUUUUGAGUUUGUAUUACAAAAUCCAUUUUCGGAACAACAUUCAGUUAGCAUUGCAUGUAACGAUGAUGAAAUAAGUGUUGUAACUGAUGCUCGUGAAUGGCGAAAAUUAAAAACAAUGUUUGACAUUCACUCUGAAACGGAAGAGAGUAUGUUCACUCAAACGGACCAAGCUGGGUUGAAAUAUCCACAAGUAUUCAUGCGAUCAAAAGAAACUAUUCACAUACCAUUUAAAAUACAAACAUUUCAAAGUGGUAUCAAAUCUGAACAAUAUUCACAAAAUUCAAAUCCGUUUACUCAGGAGCAAAUAUUUUCUGUAGUGGAUAAAUCUUUUAAUGAGAGAUUAAAACCAAAACAAAUUAAAGUCAAAGAUGGAACACCGAUAGCUAUAUUAUCUAUCCAUAUUGAUUAUGUCUCACCACUUGUUGAUCAAACAAUUCGUUAUAUUAAUGGAGAAAAUACUUUGAUGAAAAGAGUAAUUCGAAUUCCAAAUCCGCGACGAGCAAUUGUGUCUGAAUCGAUUGUUACCGGUCUAGAAGAACAAUUAUAUCAAUCAUUUGUAAAACCAAGUGAUCCGAAUGUGAUAUGUGAUAUCAAACCCGUUCCAAUCAGUGAACCAUGUGAUAUGCUUGUAAAAGUAAGAAAGCAUUAUCUGUUUUCUGUUGUUAGGAUGAAAAAUAUCGGACUCGAUCAUUUUUUGGAUAGAUGACCAGUUGAGAGUUACAGUUUUCACCAUUCGAAAGAGAAAGCGCGGACUCAUCUUUUCAUAGUAGAAAACAAUUAAAAUUUUUUGGGAAUGUCGAAUACUGAAAAAUCCAGUGAAAACCUCGUUUGAGAAUACUAACUAGCCCAGAGGCGGCGGAACGUUCCCAAAUGGGGUAAGGCUUGUUUGAAAAACGUGGCAUAUCUAUAUGAUUAAAGGAUCACUACGCUAUUUUGAACAAAAGACAAUAUAUAUUUAGAGGUUUCUUGGCGUUUCUGAUGCCAAAAGUUAACAUUUUAUCCUGAUCCAGUCCUCUGUCCUCACUGCACGUAUCUCAUGUUAGUCUCUGCGUUUAAGAUCACUGAAAAAAAGCAGAGUUUAAUACACGCAGCCAAACGUCUUUUGGUCUUUUAUUC